AUGGCAUUCUACCGCUCGCCAAUCCUCGCCUCUGCAUUCCCCAUCGCCUCUGUCUCUGACAAGGUCGAUUCUGCCAAGAGCGCAGUAAAGGCAACAGUGAAUAGCUCCAAGCCCCCGACAGGAGCUGAUCUCUAUGCCCGCUUCGCGUUCGCGGGUGCUGUAUGCUGUGCAGUCACCCACGGUGCGUUGACCCCCGUUGACGUUGUCAAGACGCGCAUUCAACUCGAACCUGAGGUCUACAACAAGGGUAUGGUCACUGGUUUCCGCCAAGUGAUUGCGAACGAGGGCGCUGGUGCACUCCUUACUGGUCUUGGGCCCACUGUGCUUGGAUAUGCUCUCCAAGGUGCUUUCAAGUUCGGAGGUUACGAGUUCUGGAAAAAGACCUUCAUCGAUGCUAUUGGUAUCGAUGCUGCUCGUGAAAACCGUCAAGCAAUUUACCUCGCUUCGUCUGGUAUCGCUGAGUUCUUUGCCGACAUCGCCCUCUGCCCUCUCGAGGCCACCCGUAUCCGCCUCGUCUCCCAACCCACUUUCGCAAAUGGUCUCCUUGGAGGUUUUGCCCGCAUUGCCAAGGAGGAAGGCCUUAGGGGGUUCUACUCUGGCUUCGGUCCGAUCCUGUUCAAGCAGGUUCCAUAUACCAUGGCCAAGUUCGCCGUCUACGAAGUUGUCUUCGAGAAGGCAGUUCAGGCAACUGGCAAGCCCAAGUCGGAGUUGUCCACCGGCACUCUGUCGGCCCUCAAUCUUGGUUCUGGUUUGAUGGCUGGUUUCGCUGCUGCUGUCAUCUCCCAGCCAGCGGACACCCUAUUGUCGAAGAUCAACAAGACCAAGGGUCUUCCUGGCGAGUCUAUCUCUAGCCGUCUCAUCAAGAUGGCUCGUGACCUCGGCCCUGGUGGCCUGUUCACUGGCAUGGGUGCUCGUCUUGUCAUGAUUGGUACCCUCACCGCUGGCCAAUUCGCUAUAUAUAGUGACAUCAAGCGUGUCCUUGGUGCGACAGGUGGUGUCGAGAUUGCCAAGCCGAUAACGAACAACGCGCUUUCGUCCACGUUGACCGUUGUCUACCAGGAGGGAGCUAUUGGAGAACCAUACUACGCCUCCAUUCCGAUAUCGUACGAUUACAAAGAAGUCCUAGAGUACUCUCGUCAAUGUUUCGAAGAGUAUCUUCCUAAUAACCCAAAGCUUGAAUUAAAACACGAGAUAGGUGAUGGGCGAUGGGCUUCUAUUCAUCCCCGCCUUUUCGACAGCCUCAUUCGGAACUCCGAGGUAAGAGAGUUUAGGUUGAGUGCUCUACAAGCAACAAGGGCGAAUGGUAGUAGCGGAGUCAACAAUACCGCUAGAAGGCCUGACAUAAACCCACCUCGACGCUCGAACACUCUCCCUGCCGAAGAGCCACCUUCUUAUUCAGCAUCCACAUCCCCGAUUACGAGAGUGGCUCAGCCUCACGUACUCGACAAUCCUGUGAUACCUAUAACUGAUCCGCUUCACGCGGCAUAUUGCGAUAGGUGUAACCAAGCGAUAUAUGGAAUACGAUACAAGUGCACGACAUGCAGCGACUUUGACUAUUGUGGAGUCUGCAUAGGAUUUGGUCCGCUUGAGCACGGGCAUAGGUUUGAUGCUAUCAUCAACACCAACAUUAAGUUGUACAGGCCACGCGAUGCAUGGCGAGCCACAGACGAGGGACAAUUGCCAAGCAAUGUUCAGGAAGUAGCGCAUACCUGGCACGAAUGCCGCUGUGAUAUCUGUGGAGUUAGCCCGAUCAGGGGUACCAGGUUCAAAUGUGCUGAAUGUCCUGAUUGGGAUGCAUGUCAAAAUUGCCUCGAAAGGUCCGCUAGCCUUCAUCCGGACCAUAUGUUUAUUCGGAUUACAGGAGAAGGUAUACUCGUGCCAAAGUACCAGGCCCCCGCGCCUAUUGCAAGACCAGAACGCCAAACGCUGUGGAAGAUGUAG